AUGUUACCUUCCAAAGCAUUCGUUCUUCUCUCGGCGUUCUUUGCGCUUGCCGUUGUCAACGGUUCACCGGCGGAUGUACGUGCUCCUGGUGUGAAGAGCACGCGCAUGCUGCAGGGAUUGCAGCGACACUUUGUUCGACCGGUAGUGCCAGUAGACUUCGUACCUCAAGAGGAUCAUAUCACCGGAGGUCGCUUCCGAACGCGUGUCGAUCACUUCGACCCGCAAAACCGGGACACAUUCGAGUUUAGUUACUUUUCGAACGAUGAGUUCUAUCAGCCCGGGGGACCGAUCUUUAUCUUCGUUGGAGGCAACUUCGCGAUGACGACGUACUACAUCACUCACGGGCUGCUGUACGACACGGCUGCCCGGGACCAUGCAUGGCUGUUCACCAACGAGCAUCGCUACUAUGGUACCAGCACUCCGGUUUCUGACUAUUCCACGGAAAAUCUUCGUUUCCUUAAAUCGGAGCAAGCCUUGAUGGAUCUUAUCGAGUGGAUCGACCAUCUGAGGAAUAACGUGGUAAGGGAUCCGCGGGCUAAGGUGAUCCUCGUUGGAGUAGGAUAUGCAGGAGCAUUGGCCACCUGGGCACGCCAACGUUUCCCGAACAUCAUUGAUGGGGCAUGGGGUGCCGGUGCCACUGUGUUGGCCAGCUUCGACUUUCAGGAACACGCCGUCGACGUUGGUAGCAUGAUCCGCCGGUUCGGAGGAGACGAUUGUCACAGUCUGCUUUGGGUUGCAUUCCGCACCGCACAGUACCUGAUGGACGCCGACCGAGAUGAGACGGUCACGAAUCUUAUCAACACUUGCGAGCCGAUUGAGCCAGGCAAUCUGCUAGACCAAGAGACUCUGUUCUAUCACCUGAAGCUGGCCGUGCAGGAAGCGAUGCUCGAGGACCAGGAUACGGCUAAGAUUCGUACCGUAUGCGAGACCAUGCUGAACGCGACGGAAGGAACCGCCCUGGAGGAUCUUGGCGGUUGGCUGCGGGGAUACUAUGCGAAUUUGCCAUGUAUGCCAUUCGACUUCGAAUCCAAUAUGGAAGCCGGUCAGGUAUUAGCCCCGGGUGCACCGGAAAACUCCAUCCUCGGAAUACGUCAAACGCAGUACCAGGCGUGUACAGAGUUUGGCUGGUUCCGUACGACCGAUGCGGAUGACCAACCGUUCGGUGAUCGCGUGACGAUGCACUUCUUCCUUGAGGCAUGCCGUGCUCUUUUUGGAGACUGGGUAACCGAUGCCGUCAUCUAUGAUGGUGUACGUCUUACGAACCUCCACUACGGUGGUCAGGAUCCACGCUCGACGAAUGUACUGUUUACAAACGGCGAAUACGACCCGAACCGAUUCGUAUCGAUCACUAGCUACAUCAAUCCACUCAGCUACGCGUACGUUGUGCCAGACGAGUUCUUGUUCUCGGAGAUCUACUCCAUCGCUGAGGGUGACUCGCCCGAACUGGUCGCUAUUAAGACCAGCAUUCAACAGUACAUCACCCUCUGGCAGGGUCAAGGUUUGACUCCGGUGUAA